AUGCGUAAUUUUAUAAAGUCAUUUAUAAAAUCUUGUAUUGAAUGUGGUUACAAUAAACAACGUAGUGGUAAACAUGAAGGCGAAUACCAUUAUGAGGAAAUGGAAGCAACACCUUUUAAGACGGUUCAUUUGGAUCAUCUUGGUCCAUUCCCAAAAAGUAAAAAGCAAAAUGAGCAUAUAUUAGUUUUUGUGGACUCAUUUACGAAGUUCACAAUUGUGAGAGCUGUAAGAAGCACAGCAACACGACAUGUUAUUGGAUUACUAAAUGAGGUGAGCAGUUACUUUGGUGUACCAGCGAGAAUAGUGACCGAUCGAGGGACAGCGUUUACGUCUAACGAUUUCCAGAAAUACUGCAAAGAUAACGACAUUAAACAUAUACUUAAUGCCGUAAGAACACCACGAGCGAAUGGUCAUGCAGAAAGAGCUAAUCGUACGAUCAUGAGUAUUACUUCCGUCGACAAGCGAGAACAAAUGUUGGGAUGA